UACGUACGGCGCCACUUUUUCUGUCUGCUAUUCGCAAAAUGGCGGACGGAGGCGUGGAUAUAGAUUUAUACGCUGACGAUAUUGAAUCAGAUUUCAAUAGACAGGAUGAAUUUGGUGGUGACAACGUAGAUUUGUACGACGAUGUGCUUGCUGCUCCGCCGUCGAAGCCCGAGGACGUUGACGGCCCUCGGAACCCAUCAUCUCAGCAGCAUUCGCAUCCUCCGGAAGAAACGAAUGGCAACGCUCCCUAUCACAACAGCGCUCCAAACCACCAUCAUGGCCGCCGAUUCCAACUUUAUGUUGGAAACCUCACAUGGUGGGCGACAGAUCAAGACAUAGCAAACGCCGUCGCAGAUAUUGGCGUGAACGAUUUCCAAGACGUCAAAUUCUUCGAGAACAGGGCUAAUGGACAGUCGAAGGGAUUCUGCGUUAUAUCGCUCGGUUCAGACCAGUCUAUACGAUUGGUUAUGGACCGUCUGCCAAAGAAAGAAAUCCAUGGACAACACCCAGUCGUAACUCUGCCAACAAAACAGGCAUUGAAUCAAUUUGAGAGUCAGUCGAAGACUAGAUCGACGCCACCGGGUCCAAACAAUCCAGGAAUGAGAGGCCCACAUCCGAGCGGACCACCUGGCCCGCAUCCAGGAGAAUUCUUUGGUGGCGGACCAAACGGCCCGGGCCCUAACGGUCCUAGAAUGAUGAUGUCGGGCCCUGGGGGACCUCACCAUCAGUUGCGUGGGCCUCCGCCGGGUCCUCAUGGGCCGCACGGGCCCCACCACUUGCCUCAACAUCAGGGCCCGCCGCCGCAUCAUAUGCAGCACCAGGGCCCACCACCUCAUCAGGGCCCACCGCCGCAUCGUCCUCCUAUGCAACGACGAGACGAGAGGGAUGUGCACCUCAUGUUCCAGGGCGGGCCUCAGAUGCAGCGUGCCGGAGGGCCUCGCGCAGGGCCGGAGUGGCCGCGCGCGCCGCACCACAUGCAGCCCGCGCCUGCGCCGCAGUACGGCCCGCCGCAGCAUCAGAUGCCACACCAGAUGCCGCCACCGCACGGGCAGCCUCCGGGACAAGGACUGCCUCCGCCGCACCACCAGCUGCCGCCCCACCAGGCGGGACCACCGCGCGGACCUACGCCGUUGCCGCAGCAUCCAGAUGGUUUUCCGGUAGGCGUGGGUCCAGGUGCGCCAGCGCCGCAUGUCAACCCCGCCUUCUUCAGCCAGCAGCCACCCGGACAGCCCGCCCCGGGCGUGCAGCCGCCACCGCAGCCCACGGUGCCAGGUCCAGGUGCACCUUAUGGACAUCCUCCUCACGGUGCGCCGCCGCCGAACCAAGGGCCACCAUUGCCCGGCGCAAGAACACCAUAUGGAAGACCACCACAGGGCUACGGCGGCGGUGGCGAGCCGCGCGGCGCGCACCACGUGGCCCCGAUGGCGCACCCGCACGCGCAUGCGCACCCGCAGCCAGUCAUCAGCGAGGCGGAGUUCGAGGAGGUGAUGGGCCGCAACCGCACCGUCUCCUCCAGCGCCAUCGCACGCGCUGUCAGUGAUGCCGCCGCUGGCGAGUACGCCUCCGCCAUUGAGACGCUCGUCACUGCCAUCUCGCUCAUCAAACAGAGCAAGGUAGCACACGACGACCGGUGCAAGAUACUGAUAUCGUCGCUGCAGGACACGCUGCACGGUGUCGAGACGAAGUCUUACGGCGGUGAGCGACGGCGGUCACGGUCGCGGGAGCGUGACGCCCGAGCGCAUCACCGCGCACCGCGUCGCCGCGACCGCUCCGCCAGCCGAUACCGCGACCGCAGUCGUGACCGCGAGGACCGCGACAGGUAUAGGGAACGUUCAAGAGAUCGCGACAGAGACUCCAGGUACUACAGGGACUAUCGCGAGCGUGAGCGCGAACGCUCCAGGUCUCGCGACAGGGAACGUGCCGACCACUAUAAUAGGGGACACAGCCGCGAGGAAAGGGCACGUAAAUCCCCAGUAGAACCUACAGCGGAGAGCGGAGCGGGCGACGCGACCGGAGCCAAGAGCCGGUCUGCGGGCGCGCCAUACUACGAUGAGCGUUACCGUGAGCGUAGGGAACGCGACCCCGCUCCAGCUGACCGCGACCGCGAACGCGAGCGCGACCACCGCCGUGACGCGCGACACUAACACGAACCGCGCACUGCCACUGCCACUGCUCCCACCAUGGCCAUUGUGACCACCACGGUCAAUGUGACCACCACCGCCAUUGUGACCAC